CGGUCACGACGAAACCGCCAACCGACAACUUCGAAUUCCAUUUCAUCUCGCCUAUACGCUUGCCCUCCUUCCUUUAUUUUUACCAUCGCCUUUUUUUAUCCAACCCCCAACCCGAACGAGCCGACGUUGACUGACGAAACGAGAAGGGAACGCCCCGAGUCCUUUGCUUGCUUCAUUCAUGGCCACCACCGUCCAUCCGCAGCCACACGCGCACGGGCUCGACAGCGCUGCCAACAUGGACGUCCUCAACGGUAACGCUCAUGCACGUACGCAGUCUCACAAUUUCCCCCGCGGGCUCGUAUUACCCGACCUCGACUUUGACCACGAAGACCGCGGUCGUUAUCCGACUCCAACCGGGCCUUCCUCUCCUCCUGCCAAUCACCAGCAAUAUUCCUCGUCGCCCACUCCUUACGCUGAGCAGGAUCGCGUUUCGCCAGACGUAGAUCGUGCAAGGAGGUCGAUGGUACAACAUUCGGAUGCAGUGCCUGGUGACCACGACGUUGGCGCUCGCACGUAUAGUACCGGUCUUCAGCGGAAUCCUACUCUUCCAGCCGAUGUUCCCGUCUCUGUCCCCGCUACACGACCAUCCUUCGAGGAACCGUUGACAUCAAGUGAUAGACAGCCCUCGGGUUUUCAGGAGAUACCGGUUGGCAAAGACCGGUCGUCUUCUUCGUUCGACCAACAACGACCACAAUCUCAAUCUCAAUCUUACCUCGACAAUCCUACCUUGCCACGACCAGCCCAAUCUUUAUCUUCACCUGCGUCUGGUGGCGGUGUAGGAGGGGCUGAGAACGCAGUCACUAAUAUGAGCGCGGGAGGUGGAGGGGAGCCGUCGCGCGUCAAUGAGCAGCAGUAUAGCCUUGCCGACAGCUUCCAACUCUUUCCUUCGUCCCUCGCUUCGACCGACGCACCAAACGUAACCAAUAAACUACCCUUCGGUGACGUCAGGCCUAACAAUAACGAGUCGAGUUCAUCAUCGCAGAAUCCGAAGAUGUCGCUUCAGCCUCAACCUCAGCCGCAAUAUCAAUACUCAUCUCAGGUCCAGUCUCAGUCACCUCAGCAGCCUCAGUCUCCGCAGCACCAGCAGCAUCGAUCAUGGCAGCCCCAGCAAGCUCACCAACAACUUUCACCAUCGCAACAACAAUCGCCUCCGCGCGAAUACGGCCCACAAGACACAUUCCCGCAUACUCAACCCUCUGGGUCUAUGCGUCAAUCAUACGCGCCACCGCCUCCUGGGGCUCAAGCUCGUAAUCAGCCUACAUCGAGCUAUCUCCAACAACAGCAGCAACAGCAGCAACAACAACAUCCACAACACUCUCAAUCCGCCCAGAUCGUCAACGUCCCCCCUCCGGGUCCAUCUUACCCCAUCCCGAUCCCCAUCUCUCCAAAAUUCCGCGCGCCAGCUCAACAACCGACCUACAUAACUCCCUCUUCUGCCGCUCCAAAUGCGCUCAACCCUGUGUAUUCGCCCGCACCACAGCAGCCGAUGGAGGAAGUAUGUGUGGAGUGUGCGAUGAGAGAUCAGGAUAUGGCUGAUGUGGACGUGACGAGUCCUGGUGUUUGGGCGAGGGAGAGUGAUGUUGCUUAUGAAGAGUUGUUGAGGAGGGAGGACGAAGAGGGGAGCGCGGGGACCAUGCCGGAAGAGGUGGACAUUGAGCGGCCGAGGGCGCGGGGUGGGAGGUUGACGGAACAGAAUUUGAAGCUUUGGUUGAGCUUGAACCCUAAGGAGCCAGCGUCUAAACGGGCGAACCUAGACAAGUACGUCAAGUUCCAAAGAUCGCUGCUCGAGGCCGAAACGCUCGCCCACGCACGGGCCAUGCAGGAGUCGAGGCAGCUGGACGACAGGAUGCGCGAUACGUACUCACAGCUCCGGCGCUCCGCGUACGAUCUCGGUAGCAGUGCGGCUCCCGUGGACGACCUAGGAGGUGUCCGUAUCAAACCUCCAAGGUCAUCGACAAUUGUGAACGGCACGGUCGGCGCUAACGCUCACGGGCGCGAGGUCACGUUGCUGGAGAACGGAAUGAUCGUUGAGCAUGUCGAUGUGAAGCGUGAAGAAAGAGAGGAACGUGAGCGAAAGAGACGGGAAGAGAAGAGAGAACGUGCGAGGGCGCGUAAGUCGUCGAGGAGCUCUGUCUUCGACGUCUCUUCGUUGUAUUCGGCCCAGAGCCCUGCGCCGCACACGGACAGCGGUUUCCAUCUCGGGGCGAACGGUGUCAAUGCGAGGUAUUCACAGUCGCAGUCGCCACGACCGGCGAGCACGAUGACCGAUCUCCUGCCGGGAACCAUGCUCGCGAAUGCACAUUCGAACGCUUCGAUCAUCGAUGCACAGAGUAUGGGAUCGUUGUCACCUAAUCGGAGGACGAGGUUCUUUGGGAUGAAGAACUUUAGUGCGGGAUGGAGGAGUCAGGACAGUUUGGCUCAAUCUGGGUUUUCUGGGAGUAUGGUCGACAUGCAUGUCGCUCUCCAGCGCGAGAAUGCUCGGCAUCCAGGGCUCCAGCACUCAACGAUGGACAAUGCCAAUGCUCAGCGCGAGUGGAGGGAGAGCACUACUCUCGAGCCUGCGCGCUCUACCCGGGCGGUCCCUGCCGAUGAGAAGCCCAAGAAGAAGAAAGGCGGACUCGCCAAGAUUUGGCGGCUGGUCACUGGCAACUCGUCCAACAAGGGCAGUGCGCAUCUGAACAGCACACAUACCCGCUCAUUGGACAGGUCCCACGAUCUGGACUACCCUCUCGAGCCUCCCCCGCCUCUUUCUUACCUUGUCAACCGAAGUACAGGUGGCGAUCACAGUGGAGGCGGCAACGCCCUACGGCACGUCUCCACAUCUUCACUACCCUCUACGUCCCCUAACCAUGCUUUCUCGUCUUCUACCGGCGUCUCUCCGCCCACUGCACCCUCUAGCCUGAUCCCCUCCCCGACGUCCUCACGUCCUUUGGAUCUGAACGGGACGGGCGAGGGCCAUGCGAGGAAGUUGAGUGGGCAUCAGGAAUACGAGAACGACCAUCCUCAUCCGUCACCUGUUCCGGAGGAGUCCUACGCUCAACAACAACAGCAGCAGCAGCAGUCUAGGGGUCCAUCUCCGAGAAAUCUGCACAGUAUGACUUCAGAACCAGACAUGCGAAGGUCGUCGCAAGCCCUCAAUACUGCAAAUGCGCCGCCCGUCCCUCGGAUGCCUUCCACCAUCGGCACACGUCCGCAAUCAUCGUUGUCUAUGACUUGGAGGGAUAAAUCACUUCCUCCGAUCCCGCCUACCGAAGGAAAUAUGCAGUUUCCGCAUGAUGGCCGACCGAGGACGGUCCUGACAUACGACCCUCGACCCGUAUCGCAGAUGGAUCCCUAUACCCAAACCUCUACUUUCUUGAGCCCUCAACCAAGUUUCCGGGAGGACUAUGCUCGUCGUCAAUCGUUCAAUGGUCUUGGCUCGUCACCCAACCUGCAUGCGCCGCAAAAUGAACGGGCUUACAGCGGUGGUGGUGAAUACCCUGGCGGAACGAUGUCCCGAGAGGAGUACGGCGAGUUUGGGCUCGCGCCACCGGCUCAAGUCGCACCACACUCAACACAUCCGAGGCAGGCACCGUCGCAGACUCUGACCCAGUCGACGCACUCAACUAAACGGAGAAGCAAGUUUGGAUUCGCGGCGUUGUUGGGGAAGAAGUCGAACGGCCACGUUCAGGAGUCCUCGACGGCGACAGGCAUGAGCUCAGAGUCGCCACUGCCGAGGUCGUCCGCUUCAGAGGCGAAGCAUGAGGCGACGAUUGUGCAUGAGAUGGGUGGUGCUGGGACUGGGACUGGCAGUUCGGGCAUCGGGAGCUCGGGGUCGGGCCAUGGACCGUAUCCGAGGAUGUCUAUGAUGUCGCAGAAGAAGCUGGAUACGUUGGUGGACCAGGCCCCGGAGUUUGUUGCGUAUCGGUAUCCGUCGAAUGACCAGAACUUAGACCUUCUGCGGUAAUGUUCAUUCUCGUUCAUGGUGGGAUUUGGAGUGAUCUUCUACUACUACUGCUGUACUCUAUUGGGUGGUUUGAUGGUUCUUGUCGAUAUUUAUAUAUAUAUCCAUUUGGUGUCCCGUACGGUCACCUCGAUUCGAAAGGUACUUUCUGUCUUUUCCUCUUGCUAUGCUUUCGUGUCCCUCCCUCGUUUAGCCUUCAUGUUCUCUCCAUAUUCCUUGAUCUUGUUUACUUUUAGCUCGGACUAAUCUCCACCUCCAUCUUCAUUGCCAUCUCUUCCACCCUCCCAAGCAUGCUCACUGUCUUUCGUCGCUUUCUAUCUUCUCUUCUUGAUUACUCUUUUGAUACACGGACUCUCGUAGGCUUAGCUGACAUGCCAACUACUUCGCUUUUUGCCUUCGUAUGUUACAUUUUCCCUUUUCUUUCGUUCGCGUCGCGCUGUCUUUAUCGCCUGUCUCUCUGCUCUUACUGCUUUUCCUCCUUGGCUCAGUACCCGCCUCAUCCCCUCCAACCUCAAUUCAAUCCAAUCCCAUUCAUCAUCUGAUCACCUCAUCCCUUAUCCCUCAUUGGCAUCAACUGCAUAUCGCC